AUGCGUUGCUUCAUCCUUAUCACUCUCCUCGCCCUGGUUGCCGUGGCCGCCGCUCAGGGUCGUCGUGGACCUGGAGGUCGUGGUGGUCCUGGUGGUCCUGGUAGAUUCCUGGGAGGCCGUGGUGGUCCCGGUGGACCCCAGGGAGGCCGUCGUGGUCCCGGUGGUUUCGGAGGUUUCGGAGGUUUCGGUGGACCUCAGGGUGGUCGCGGAGGCUGCGGUGGUCCUAAGGGAGGCCCAGGUGGUCCUGGAGGACCCGGUGGACCAUGGGGUCUGCCUCCCAAUGCCACUCUGCCCAGCAACAGCACCACCAGCUCCACAACAUCGACCACCGAAGCCAGCACCUCCAGCAGCACCAGCACCACGGAGACCAGCAGCUCCUCCAGCAGCAGCACCACGGAAACCAGCACCAGCACCACGGAGCCCAGCACCAGCUCCAGCUCCACCACCGCCUCCUCUGCUUAA